GCAUACGCAGUCGCAACCUAUGAACGAGAGGCAAUGGGUCGUAGCCUCGGCUUCACAGAAACCCAACUAGCAACUUCCUGGCCUCCCGGAACUGGACGUGCGAAGUUGUGUUCCGCGUCCAGCAUGGUCGAGGCGGCGCUGGAGAGUCACACCAGCACGGCGGCAAGUGUGCAGCCACCUGUGGUGAAUGACUAG